AUGGAGAUAGUAUCUAAAAGGACUAGAACGUAUAAUAAAUUUUACGACGAAGACUAUGAUUUGGAAACAAAGUCCAUUUCAAUGGUUAAAAAACCUAGGACUAAAAAGCCAAUCAUCCGAAACGGUAAGCAACUGCUUGAACCGAAGAAAAAAUUUCGAUUUGUGGAGAAUAGCGAAGCUUCAAGAAUACUAAGCGAGAUUCAGACUAACCCGAGUUUAAGCGUAAACGCCUCGGUUACACAGUUAAACCUCAACCAAAACAUAGAAGAAAGAGUGAGCUCAGUAAACCCAUUCCCAGCAAACAUAACGUCAACCAUAAAUUCAAACCCUAAAUCAGUGGAUCGCGAAGUGAUGAACAACAUCAUGAACUCGUCGAGUAUCAAUAACGAAACACACAAAAAAUAUGAACUGGAAAACAUUGAAUUUUUCAGAAGAAUGAUAGUGGAUAAAUACGAUACAUACUACGGAGAAGAUAACAGGCUAAUUGGCCAACUGCCAAACAACCUUCUAGUAAACAACCUAGAACAUCAAUUUCUUAAUCCAUGGGUAGACAUGAUAAUGCCAAGCCGCUCAAGACCAUACGUGGGAAAGUACUCAGAUAAAUCGCAAAAUAAAAUAAAUUAUGAGGUUGAACAGUCAGAUACGACAGUAACGAAAAGGGAAAUCGGAAAAAAGAAGUUGCUCUAUCUGACAGAGAGCCAAGUGUUCAACAUACUGGAUAACAUAUUCGAACAGAUCAGUAACACACCCAAGAAUGUAUCCGUGAAGAUAGACUGGAUUAAGGUGUCAAAGGCAACAAAUCUGUCCCAAGAAGUGUGUAAGGACUUCUGGUGGAGUUUUGAUAAAACACAUAUCAAAGAUAAAUUCGGAGGGUGUAUGUUUAAACCAGAUUGGUACCACUACUAUAAGGUGGACGAGUGGUACUUUGUGGAUUUGAAGAAUCGGGUACAACACCUGUUACAACUGGCCAGUGAUAGUAAAAUGGAAAGAGAACAGAUAUUAAAACACUUUGCAAAAAAUGCUAUAUAA